AUGGAGUACCCUUCCCUGCCCAGGCCUGUCAACCCGCUUACCAAGAGGACCAUCGAGCCAGCGCACAAGUUCGAAAUCAACCUUGAAUCAGACUCAUUUUCAGUAGCCAAGUUCGAGCUGUUCCUGAGGUAUCAGACUACCAUACAUAAAGAGCAUGAGUCUCGCUGGAAACACUCGGAUUUCAAGCGUUUCUUGUGCUCCGGCAUCAAACAGAAGACAGUCAAACAUACCAUCACCCAGGAAGACGGAAGUACCACUACAGUUGAGCGAAAACUAGGAUCGUACCAUCAGUGCUACCGUAUUGAUGGGAAACUGGUUGCCGUGGCGGUACUGGACUUGCUCCCUCACUCCGUCAGUUCGGUGUAUAUCUUCUAUGACCCCGAGUACGAAAAGUUCGAGCUGGGCAAGAUAAGUGCCAUGAGAGAGAUUGCCUUGACGCAAGAGAUGCAUUUCCAGCAUUACUACAUGGGUAUUUCAUCACCCCCUUUUUCUUUCAACUUGAAUCUCGAUGAUUUAUAUUAUAUGCUAAGAGAAUCAGGGUAUUAUAUCCAUUCGUGUCCUAAGAUGCGGUACAAAGGCACUUUCAGACCACAGUACAUACAGGACCCAGAGACGUUCGAAUGGCACUCUCUGGAUGAAGUGUUUGCCCCAAAACUAGACAACCAACGCUACUUCUCAAUUGCAGGCCAACAAGUACCUGAUGUCUACGAGGACAUACCGGAUGAAGAUGCCAUGUCGUUAUUUGAUCUGCACAUGCCGGGCGUCUUGACAGUGCAGCAGCUAAAGUCUACCGUCGACCUUGACCAUUGGCAUCUACUCAUUCGUGGCAUGCUUGUCGAGAUGAUAGACCUCGUGGGGUGGGAAACGUCGAGCGUCAAGAACCCACAGGCCAUCAAGGGCAUCGUGGCCGAACUUGCUGCUACAUUGGGCCCAGAGGUAGUCAAGAACUCAGCUGUCGUCAUGUUCCAGAGCUAA